AUGUCCUCAGAUGAAGGAGAACCAAGCAGUCCAGUCCUUCCUCGAGACUCAGACAGGGGCAGCUCAGUCUCUUCUGAGCUGCAGGAUGAAUAUGAACACCUUCUCCGCUUUGCUGUGGUCACUCCCAAAUACGAGCCAAGCGUACCUUCCCAACUUCUGAGUACCUCCCAGCUCUCACACACCCAACGCACGUCCACCAUAGUCUAUGAAAGAGAAUCUCAGACACCUGCAGACACCGACAGACAUUCGAGUGAUGAAGUGACCUCGGCUAGGGUCUCUCCUGUGCCACAAGAAACCAGAGCUCAGUCUCAAACAUCAGAGGGUGAUGAAAGAUCUGCUGGAUCAGAUGGAGAAUCCGAAAGGCAACAAACAGAGUCAGGGAGAUCUGGGCACAGCACCCCAGACCCUCUUAUGACCGUGGUUACAGAGCUGUUCAUUUCUGAAGAAAACAUGAACAAGAUGGAGAACAUCUUGGACACUUGGAGUAACAAACUGAAGGACAACGUGAUGAUGGAGCUGCGGAAGUGGAAAGUGGCUGUUUUGGAGCAGCACAGGUUAGAGCUGAAGAAGGAGAGACAGAGACAUGCUGCUCAUGUGGCUGGCAUCAAAGCUGAGCUGGACAGUCUCCGAGACCUGCUGCACACAUACGAGAUCUCCAACCAAAGAAAAGAUGAGGUGAUUGUGAACUUGAGCCGUGCCGUUGACAGGCAGCGAGAGAAACUAGAGCUAAUGAGGACCUUCACGCAAUGGAGGCUGCAGCACAGUGCAGCCAAAGAGGAGGCCCACAAUGGCAAGUUGGCAGAGCAGCACUACAAGCUGCAGUUGAAGAGGAAGGUGUGGGCAGGUUGGCACUCGCUCAUUGAGAGCAGGUGGAGGGAACGGGUGGAGCGGGCGUGCCGUGCCCGGGCGGAGGAUGUCUGCCUGCAGCUGUCUGAAGACUACGAGGCCAAGAUAGCCCAACAUGCGGAGGCCCUGGAGAAAGCCCAGGCAGAGAUCCAGAGGUUACACACAGAGAGGGAACGUUAUGAAGAUUCCAUGAAGAAGGCUUUUAUGCGCGGAGUCUGUGCUCUCAAUAUAGAGGCUCUGACCAUGUUUCACACAGGAGAGCGCAGACCAGAGCACGAAGCUCCACACGCACAGCAUGAGGCCGGCUCCAGCUCAGUGGCCAAUCUCCAGCCGCGGCCCACCUCUACUGCACGCCUGAGCCCGGUCGUCAUGGAAUCACCAGUCCACCCACCUCCCUCACGCAGUGAUGCAGAGGAGGCAGACAUGCAUCGGCUUGGCUCCACCACAACAGUUCCCAGAUCAGAGACUGUGCUGUCCAGUACAGUGGUUAACACUUUACCAGCAGGGGGCAGUAUGAGCACCUUCAGACAGCCUCAUUCAACGACAAGGAUUGUAACAGCCAGCCAGCAAAAAGCCACCAAGACUGUGACUGCUCGUAUAACAGGCCGCCCUGAUCUGAGCAAAGCCGGCCGAUCCACUGGCAGCCUGAAUGUCAUGGGUGUAGCUCCUCCCAUGAGCUCAGUGAUUGUGGAGAGACAUCACCCAGUCACACAGCUCACUGUUGGCCAGGCAACAGCUGCCAAGUUUCCUAGAUCCACUUCCCAGAGUCAGGGAGUCUCCAGCAGCAAGACCUCCUCCAGUCAAACCAGAGGCCACUCUGCCUUUCAUCUCCAUUCUAUCAAAGUAGUGGACUAG